CGCACUUCACGCGCUUUCUUCAGCUCUGUAAACAUCUGAGGAUCGAAGAUGCAUUACUGGUGUCAGUGAAAGUGAGUGGCAAGGCCGUUGAACAAGCAAAGCCACUUAUUUCGUGUAUACGGGUGUCUUCAAAUUCACUGAACCAUGACUGGAGCUGUGUUUAUAAAGUUAGUCAUUUGCAUGUCCAAACUAAAGUCUCUUGUGUACCUUCAAACAGUGAAAUGUGGUUCAGUUGCUCCAUAAUAUUUGUGGCAGCUUUCUGCACCUUUGUUGAUUCCAUCAUUGUGCCUUCUCCCAAGAGCGCGAAGCUUUUCAUCCACGGGGACACCCUCUACCAGUUGUUCGUAACGAAAGUCGACCAGGAGGACGUUAUCAAAAUUUCGCCUCUUUUCAAAAUACCAAACUGUGCAGAACCAGCAUCCAUUAAACCAGUCAAAGAGCAUCAAAACGAAAACAUUGACGAGGAGUUGCAGUCAAGUGGAAAUAUUAAUCGAAAGUGGAAACCAUUGAUCAAACCUCCAGAUCCAAUCACCCAGAUAAGAUUAUCGCGAUAUGGCAAAUAUCUUGGCUACCCAAGGUUCUACGGACUCAGUGGAGCUUAUGGGUUUUAUCAUUAUAAUGCCGGGAAUGAUGUUAAUAACAAUUUGCCAAGAGGUGGAUAUAAAUUUGAAGCUGACAUCGAUAGCAAAUAAUUUGUAAUGUUAGAGAUUCAGAUUAGUUAAAUCUAUCUAUAUUCAUGUUUCUUCGAUAAGCCAGUGGAAUUGGUUAAUAAAUGAUUAGUCGCUUAUAAGUGAAUGAAAGCUGUUCGAAGUUUUCUAAUUUAAAGUUUCAGUUUUGAAGACAAAUUUAUUUAAUAAUAUUUGUUUGCUUACAUUCGCUAAUGUUGCAUGAAUGCACAAAUUGUACGCGAAAU